AUGACCGGCGAUCUUCACGCCUGGCUCCUCGACCGGCUGUCGAACGAUGCCGCGCUCGUGGCCGAUCUCGGCGAUCCGCCGCGCGUCUUCGACAGGCCGCCGCCGCGCCGCGCCUUGCCCAGCGUCUAUGUCGGCCGGAUCGAGGUGGCGGACUGGAGCACCGACGAUGCGCGCGGGCAGGCGGUGUCCGUCGUCAUUCACGCCUAUGCGCGCGGUCCCGGCCGAACCGAUAUCGACCGGAUCGUUGCCGGCAUCGAGAGCACGCUGACCGAUGCGGUCCCGGCGACAGCCCAGUCCACACGGAUCGUGCUGGCAACGCCGGUCGCCAUAUCGACAGCCUAUGAGCGCGGACAGGCCGCCUUCCACGCAACGCUGCGGUUGCGUUUCCUGUGCGCGGCGGCCGGUGCGUGA